UCAUUUGUAAUAGAAAGUCUCUUAAGUUUAAGGGUGUUGCAAAUAAGUUUCUUGAAAUAGUAUUUAGGCAAUGCAACAUUUUUCUUCUGAAGAAAACAGAGUGAAAAAUAAUGGAGUUGAGAAUUUGGGUUAUGGUUGGAGUUUUGGUAAUGGUGAUAAAUGGAAGUAGAGGAGGAAGUAGUAGUGAUGAAGGUGAUGAUGAAGUUACAUAUGAUGGAAGGUCUCUCAUUGUUGGUGGACAGAGGAAGAUUCUUUUCUCGGGUUCUAUUCAUUAUCCUCGAAGCACUCCCGAGAUGUGGCCGUCUUUAAUAGCCAAGGCGAAAGACGGUGGACUAGAUGUUAUUCAAACUUAUGUCUUCUGGAGUGUACAUGAACCCCAACCAGGUCAGUAUGAUUUCAGUGGGAGGUAUGAUUUAGUAAAGUUCAUCAAGGAAGUUCAAGCACAAGGGUUGUACGUUUGCCUCAGGAUUGGCCCUUACAUCGAAAGUGAAUGGAGUUAUGGGGGAUUUCCGUUUUGGCUGCAUGACAUCCCUGACAUUUCUUACAGAACAGACAAUGAGCCGUUCAAGUUCUACAUGCAAAAUUUUACUACAAAAAUAGUGAACCUUAUGAAAUCAGAGAGUUUAUACGCUUCACAAGGCGGCCCUAUAAUACUGUCACAGAUUGAAAAUGAAUAUCAAAACGUUGAAGGAGCUUUUGGUAAUAAAGGGCGUUCUUAUGUACGUUGGGCUGCUAGUAUGGCUGUUGGACUUCAGACUGGUGUUCCCUGGGUGAUGUGUAAGCAAACUGAUGCUCCUGAUCCUGUGAUCAAUACGUGCAAUGGGAUGAAAUGCGGGGAAACAUUUACAGGACCUAACUCCCCAAACAAACCAUCAAUGUGGACAGAAAACUGGACAUCUUUCUUCCAAGUAUUCGGUGGGAAGCCAUACAUAAGGAGUGCUGAAGAAAUUGCCUAUAAUGUCUCACUUUUCCUAGCGAAAAAUAGUGGAUGCUACGUGAAUUACUACAUGUACCAUGGAGGAACAAAUUUUGGACGAACAGGCACCUCGUAUGUUACCACUAGUUACUAUGAUGAAGCACCCCUUGAUGAAUAUGGUCUUAUAAGGCAGCCUAAAUAUGGCCACCUUAGAGAGCUUCAUAAGGUGGUUAAAGCUUGUUCAAAAACCUUGCUAGAGGGAAAGAAGUCCAAUUUAUCCUUGGGUCAACUUCAGGAGGCAUAUGUUUUCCAAGAAGAGAAUGAAGGUUGUGUUGCCUUCUUAAUGAACAACGAUACACAUAGUGCAAAUGUUGAGUUUCAGAACAGAUCAUAUCAACUUCCUGCUAAGUCAAUUAGCAUCCUUCCAGAUUGUGUGAAUAUAACUUUCAACACAGCACAGAUAACAACAGAAAUUGGAAAGAGAAAUGCUAAAUCAGAACAAGUUAUCAGCUCAGCUACAAGGUGGGAGGUAUUAGAUGAGAUGAUACCGAACUUUUCUGACACUUCUCUGAAGGCGGAUUCUUUACUGGAGCAAAUGAAUGUAACAAAAGAUGAAUCUGAUUAUCUCUGGUACACUCUAAGUUUUGAGGCUGAUCCUUCUUGCAGUGAACCUGUACUUCAUGUUCGGUCUUUAGCACAUGUUGCUUAUGCUUUUGUGAAUGGAGCAUACGCUGGAGGAGCUCAUGGGAGUCGUAAUGACAAGAAUUUCUCAUUCGAAACCCCAAUUAAGUUGGAUAGCCAAAUGAACAAUAUUUCUAUACUGAGUGUGAUGGUGGGAUUACCGGAUUCAGGAGCGUAUCUUGAAAGGAGGUUCACUGGACUGCGUGAAGUGAGUGUAAGAUGCAAUGGAAAAGAUUCCUAUGACUUAACAGUGAAUACUACAUGGGGAUACAAGGUUGGAUUAUUGGGAGAAGAUUUACAAAUUUAUAAAGAAGAGAAUCUUGGAAAAGUGGUUUGGGGUGCACUUGAACCUUCUGCUGCAAUGCCACUCACUUGGUAUAAGACCACUUUUGAUGCACCAAAGGGUGAUGAUCCAGUGGCCUUAGACUUGACCUCGAUGGGUAAAGGUGAAGCCUGGAUCAACGGACAAAGUAUUGGUCGAUAUUGGGCAUCCUUGCUAUCCCCUCAAGGAAUACCUUCUCAAUCAAUGUACCACAUUCCUCGGUCCUUCCUGAAAGCGUCAGAAAAUCUUCUGGUUCUGUUUGAGGAAGUUGGUGGAGACCCCCUUAAAGUUUCGGUGAACACCAUUUCUUGGACGACUACUAGCAAGCGUAACAGCAAUGCUGAUGAUGUUACAACUUACAAGUGAGAGAUUAGAUACCUGAUGAAACCAGAAGGAAUUCAUUCGUACAUGAUUCUUUAUUUUUUCUUUUACAGGAAAAAAACUUACAGAUUUGUUAUGCAUACUUCCUUUACUGAUCAUAGUUACAAGUGACUGAUAGCUUAUAUCACUUUGUAUAAAACUGAAUAACACUGAAGUGAACAUUAGGCUUCUGAUAACUGACUUAGAGUUACAAUUUACGUAAAGUUGUAUACGUUCUAAUCCGAUUUAACACGUUCUGACUUCUGAGCUUUUCUAA